AUGACUGCACUUACUGUUCAACAUGUGUGCACUGCCGUUUUCACACUGCUCACACCACCGUUCGCAAAAAUGGGAUACUGGGUCGUGGUCGUCGCUCGAUUCGCUGAGGGAUUAUUCGAGGGUGUAACGUAUCCGGCCAUGCAUGUGAUGUGGAGUCAUUGGGCACCGAUACUGGAGAAGACGAAGUUGGCAACGUUCGCUUUUUCUGGUUCCUAUUUUGGCACCGUCAUAUCAAUGCCAUUGUCGGCUGUGAUU